GAUCCUACUCAGUGGGCAGCGCCAGGAGCUGGACCGAGCGGCCGGUGCGGGGCCGCUGGUGCGGGGCUCAGCCACCUGCCCUGCCUGAUAGGGGCGGGCCGAAACCUGGAGGCCCGGGGGGCCCAGCUCCCGUGGGGAGCCGUGGGCGCCCGCUGCCCAGGCCGGGCUGAAGAAGCCGCUGAACGGACUCUGAUCGCUGGCUUCAGCUCGCCGGGACCUUCUGCCCAGCUCUCCCCCUGCGGCCCAUGCGCCGCAUCCUCUGUGCUCAGUGUGCAGCCGGCCCCCAACGCAAUGUGUGUUUGUCAAACCAUGGAAGUGGGGCAGUACGGCAAGAACGCAAGUCGGGCCGGAGACCGGGGAGUCCUCCUGGAGCCCUUCAUCCACCAGGUGGGCGGGCACAGCAGCAUGAUGCGCUACGACGACCACACCGUGUGCAAGCCCCUCAUCCCCCGGGAGCAGCGCUUCUACGAGUCCCUCCCUCCCGAGAUGAAGGAGUUCACCCCCGAGUACAAAGGUGUGGUGUCUGUCUGUUUUGAGGGGGACAGUGAUGGUUACAUCAACUUGGUGGCCUACCCUUACGUGGAAAGUGAGGCGGUGGAGCAGGAUGACGCGCCCGAGCGGGAGCAGCCUCGGCGCAAACACUCCCGCCGGAGCCUGCACCGGUCAGGCAGUGGCAGCGACCACAAGGAAGAGAGGGCCAGCCUGUCCCUGGAGACCUCUGAGAGCUCCCAGGAGGCAAAGAGUCCGAAGGUCGAGCUACACAGCCACUCAGACGUCCCUUUCCAGAUGUUAGAUGGCAAUAGCGGUCUGAGUUCCGAGAAGAUCAGCCACAACCCCUGGAGCCUGCGCUGCCACAAGCAGCAGCUGAGCCGCAUGCGCUCCGAGUCCAAGGACCGAAAGCUCUACAAGUUCCUGCUGCUGGAGAACGUGGUGCACCACUUCAAGUGCCCCUGCGUGCUGGACCUGAAGAUGGGCACCCGGCAGCACGGCGACGACGCCUCUGCCGAGAAGGCGGCCCGGCAGAUGAGGAAGUGCGAGCAGAGCACGUCUGCGUCGCUGGGGGUCCGGGUCUGCGGCAUGCAGGUGUACCAGCUGGACACAGGGCAUUACCUCUGCAGGAACAAGUACUAUGGCCGUGGGCUCUCCAUCGAAGGCUUCCGCAACGCUCUCUAUCAGUACCUGCACAACGGCUUGGACCUGCGACGUGACCUUUUUGAGCCCAUCCUGAGCAAACUGCGGGGCCUGAAAGCGGUGCUGGAGCGGCAGGCCUCCUACCGCUUCUACUCCAGUUCGCUGCUUGUCAUCUACGAUGGCAAGGAGUGUCGGGCUGAGUCCUGCUUGGACCGCCGGUCCGAGAUGCGUCUCAAGCACCUAGACCCAGGGCUGCCUGAGGUGGCAUCAUCCUGUGGCCCUGGUACCAGCCCCAGCAGCACCAACCCGGAGGUGGGCUCCUCUCCACCCAAGGUGGACGUCCGCAUGAUCGACUUUGCACACAGCACGUUCAAGGGCUUCCGGGAUGACCCCACCGUGCAUGACGGGCCAGACCGAGGCUAUGUGUUUGGCCUGGAGAACCUCAUCAGCAUCAUGGAACAGAUGCGGGACGAGAACCAGUAGGCCCAGCUCUGGGGCCCCAGAACCCCUUCCUCUCUACCCGCAGGCAGGGACCAUUGAUCUGAACUCGCGGCGGGGACACACAGACUUGCUUUUAAAGGGUUAUAUUUCUUGGGUGUAAACUAAAAGAAAUGUUUUUAGCUGUAGCCUGGAAUCCAUAUAUAUAAAGAGAAGGAGGGCAGAACACACAUCCUUUCAGCCAGGCCUCUGAGCUCUACGGCUCUGACUGCAGUGUCCAGGCUGACUUAGAAGAGGAGCCCCUGGUGGGCUUGGCAGCAGGGACAGGGCACCCUUGGACAUAGGUUUUUCUCGCCUAGGUUUUUGGGGUCUGUGGCUGCAGGGCCCUGCUGGCUGUGGGAUAAAGCUCUGGGCUUGCAAAGGACCCCUCCGUGCCCGCCCAUCCCUUGUUCCUCAGCAGUAGAGGCAUCGGGGCCGUCUCUAGGGGGAUGUGUUCCACUGUUGUGGGUGUCAGCCGCUCUUCAACUGACGUCCCCAGGGCACUUCAAGGCCAGCUGCACACAGCUGGACCCAUCCUUCUGGGUUCUGACCUGGGCGUGAGGCAAGAUUCGUGAAGCUGGGCAGAGUCUGCCUGUGGCGGGGGGCAGGCCCUGGGGCUCCCAGGCACUUGCACCUCCCCCCGCACCCCGCGCCUGCGAGCCAGCCAGCCUUUCUCACCCAGAUAUCUUGCCCCUGCUGAAGGGGUCCCUGCUCCAUUGCCCAGGAAGAGUCUGUGUCCCAGCGGGCCUCUGGGCCUCCGGUGACUCUGGCCAAGGCUGUAUUGGCAGUUCGUGUGCUGUGGGUGGGAGUUGAGGCAGCUGUGCUGCCUCUGGGCGGGCCGCUCCCCCCAGGGCGCAGGGGCUGCGGUUGGCUCAGGGUCUCGCCUUCUCCGAGGCAAAGCUCGAGGCAGCAGCCUUUGGGAGGAGCUCCCGGCUCACAAGGAAGAGCUUUAAGCGCGUCUGCACGUGGGGACGGUGCAGGUGCCCGGGUCCUGCUAACGAGAAUUUUUGUUUUAUCAGUCCUGGGGUCCAUUAAUCUGUCCAUGUGUCCAACUGCCAUCCCUUGUCUCCUGGGAUCCUUCUGCUGGGGUGUAGCCUUGUUCAUUAGUAAAUAUUGAUUUCCUUCAUUCUUCCCUCAGCAAACAUCCUCUUUCCCAUUUCUGAGGUGAGUUUUGCCCCUGUGCCCUUUGGCAGGUGUUACCUGUUUACAAAGAACUGGUUAGCAAAACGACUUGCAGGUGGUGUUUCCCUGCGGGCCCAGCGCCACCUCUGCAGCCAGCAGUGUGGUGCCCACAACGCGGAAGGCGGUGCGGUUAAGGCCCCAGAAGGGGCCCUUCCUUCCCGCGGUUUUGGUUUUUGCUUUUGCUGCCAGCCCUUAAUGGCACAGGGACCUGCCACCUUUAACACUUGUGGCCAGGAGGUGACACAGCAAUCACUAACCAUUGCCAAGGUUAGUGCCCUCACCUCUGAGUCUAGGGUCUCUGUCAUUGUCACUCUGGGCAUGUCCCUGUUUGGGCAUUAAAGGUUAAGCUUGUUAGCCUGUGUCUGUGAGGCGCUGUGGUGACCAAUGGACUGAUUUUCUGGCCCUCAGAUGCAGCCUCGCACGCUGAGAUGGGCUCCUGGAUGGAGCCCGCCUCAGCCCUCCCGCCCUGGUGCCAGUGGCGGGCAGGUCCCCAUUCCUAGGGGCUGGGAGGGACCGCUUGCCUGUUUUUGGUCAGUAAUGACCUUCUGUCCUGUACCAUUCUGUGGCUUCAGCCAUAGGGACAGCGGCUUUUCAUUAGUGUAGUCAGUCAUUUCCUGGCAGGACGGAGGCUGAGACCCAGGGCCCCUUGGGAUUCCUUUGAUUGAACCUCUCCCACCUGGAGGUGUGCUGAGCCUCGUGAGGCCCUACGUUUGGGAGCAGAUGCCGCCCCCCUUCUGCUCUCCAUAGCAGAGGCUGUAUUUUCCUGGCAUUGAGAAGAGCAGAGGGUCUGAGGUUUGCUACUUCUCCCCCAGGGUGGGUCCCCUUUUCAGCACUUACGACACCUGGAGACUCAGCCCUGUGACCUGGCGGAUGGUUGGCAUGCGUGUGUGCACAUGCCCUCUGCCACCGCCCUUUCUGCUCUGCCAGAGCCCCGUCCUUGCCAGGCCCUGCCUUCCCAGCCCCAACUUGGGACCAAAGUGCAAUGUGGGAUCAUGGCUGGGGCACUCAAGUGACCCCUCUCUAUAGUGCUUCCUUGGGCCAAGUGACACCAGCCCCCUGAGGGGUGGGAUCGGGCGGUGCUUAAAGAGGAAGGGGACCAGUGUAGCAAUUUGCCAGGGACCCCACCCUCCCUCACAUUGGGGCCUGUGCCGUGGGCCUGGGGACUCUCCCAAGGGGCCAAAGACCUAGGCUAGUUCUGUAGCCGCUGCUCGCUCGCUCACACCUGGCCACGUGCACGCCCCCUAGAUGCAGAUUGCUUUGAACUUGAAAGAUGUUAGAUUUGGUUUUCUUUGUGCCGAUUUAAAAAAUGGUUUAAUGAGGGGGAAAGUUGGGAGAACCCCGGGAGAGGCCUUUUGUUUCUCCGGGAACUGUAAGGCUCUGCCUAUGGGAACUGCUUUCUCGCUCCACUUCCCUGUCCUCGCCACCCGAAGCCUGCUCCGGGUAUAUGUCCCCGCGCAGUUGCGUGUUUUCGGGACGUUGCGUGCAGGGGAAGGGGCGCUCGGGAUUGGGCCGAGCCGCCCCUUUCUGUACACCCAGCGCUGCCCGCCCCGCUUGUGUCUGAGGUCGUGUAUGUCAAAAUAAA